GUACAUGCUGCUAGUAUGGGGAACUAUAAUAAUGGAUUAUUAUGUGUCAUACACCUGUUGCUUGUCACACUUCUGAAAACCUUGGUUUCAGCUGACGGGCCUCUGUGUUUUCACUGCACACGCAUCCCUCUUCCACUGGAUUGCAGCCAUGUCAUACAAUGCGAAGCUCACGAGAGCUGUUCCGUUCAACAAUUUGUUUCUGAUGGCGGGCAUAUAUAUUUUGAUGUUGGUUGUUUCGAUAUAUCAAAAUGCCAAACCAAACGUGACGUCACAAUCAAUGAGCUUGAUGACAUCACUGGUGACAUCAUCACGUGCAGAGAGUGCUGCAAUGGGAACUAUUGCAACAUUCAGGGUUGCGGGUCGAGAGCACCACCAGGGAUGCCAGACAGGGGACCUCUGUGCUUUAACUGUGAUUCACACAUCAGCAUGGACUCUUGUGAAACUAUGAUGACCUGUUCGGUGGAUCAGGAGUGUGAGACACUUGCAACAACGCAGUCAUCAUGUACAGGCUGCUGCAAGACAGAUUUCUGUAACAGGGAUUGUGCGAUAAAUACAUCUACCUCCAACACUCAUUCUUCACCGACAACUGUCGAAACAACAGUACCUUCGACUCAUCUUACAACAUCCGCUACAACAGUGCAACCUCAUCAAUCCACGACUCAUACAUCAGUCAACAGUGGAGUGAGCACAUCAACAAAAGCAACACCACCUUCAACUAAUCCAUCAAAACCCACAAACCCUAUUGUACAAACAUCUACACAAACUGUGGUCGUCCCGACCGUCGAUUCAUUAGUUACUCAUGAAAGAAUGUGCAGCUUGCUAGGUUACGCAUACUACCAUUCCCUGGACCUUUGUCUGAAAAUCCAUACCGACCAUCCGUUGUCAUGGAGAGAUGCGAACAGCGCGUGUCGUCAUGAUGGAGGAACAUUGGCCAUGUUUAAGCAUGUGACUGAUCGCAGCAUACUGGACGCCUGGUCUAAACAGCAUUUAGGCGACUUAAGAUUUAACAUCCAGUACUUUGUUGGUGCGGUAUCCAAUGGCAACGGCAACUGGACAUGGCUGGAUGGAACUCAGGUUAACCAGAACUUAUUUCUACCCGGAGAGCCAAGUCAUGGCGAACACGAAGACUGCUCAUCUUUCUUUCUGAAAGACGGAACAAUUCUGUUGAACGACGACGUUUGUGAUGGAACACUUGCUAAAUUCAUAUGUGGAAUCGAUCUCGGAGGUUUAACGAAACAACAGCCUUUGUAUGAUAGACAGUUCUGUCGUAAUGCCGACUACACACCGCGUCCUGACCUUGGGCUAUGUUACAAAGUGUAUGACAAUGAACGUAAACCGCAAGCUGAUGCGAGGGUAUCUUGCCAUGUCCAAGGAGCUGAGCUGCUCCAGAUUAGAACCAGAGGGAUUGAACAAGUGUUUCAAAAUCUGCCUUAUAAAGAUCGGGACCAUGACGAGAACCGCUAUUGGCUCGGGGCAGAGAGGAGAGACGGACAGUUUUAUUGGUUUAACGGACAACGGGUUGGUGGUAAUACAGCAAUGGCCUGGGAUGCAAACGAGCCUAACAAUUAUAAAGGGCAUGAGAAUUGUCUAGACUUUAAGUUUUCCAACGAGGGUCCGACACCAGACAGCAUCGCGUUCAACGAUGACAACUGUGAUAACCCAUACUUUUACAUCUGUGAAGAACGGUGUCCUAAUACCACGUAUCAGUACUUCCAUAGUUCGCAUCUGGACCUGUGUUAUCACGUGAUACCAAAAAGAGUCACGUGGGCUGAGGCAAAUGCGUACUGUGUCAAAGAGCAUGCGAAUUUGCUCGCACCAGACAGCAUAGACAAGCUGGACUUCUUUGGCAGUAUAUUGAAAGCUUCUGCAAGUAUGUGGGUGGGAGCCACGGCCAGUCAGGCAACAUCCCAAUACCAUUGGACCAUUAACAACCACGUGAUUUCAAGUGACCUACUUCAUAACAGUGACCAUACCGGUAUAGAUCAACAGAAAUGCGUGUUGAUGUCAAUGUCCCAAACGGGCCAGAACAUGAUCCUUUCUUCUGCUAAUUGUAACGAUAAACAUACUUUUGUUUGUCAAUAUAUGUGGUAAU